AUGGGGUUCAUCUCGAGGAAUGUUUUUCCAGCGUGCGAGAGUAUGUGCGUUUGCUGUCCUGCUCUCAGGUCCAGAUCUCGACAGCCCGUCAAGCGUUACAAGAAACUGCUUGGUGAGAUCUUCCCAAAAUCCCCUGAGGGUGCACCAAACGAGAGAAAGAUUGUCAAAUUGUGUGAGUAUGCUGCAAAAAACCCAAUCCGUAUCCCCAAGAUUGCUACGUAUCUUGAAGAGAGGUGUUACAAGGACCUUCGAUCUGAGCAGAUGAAGUUCAUCAAUAUUGUCACUGAGGCUUACAACAAAAUGCUUUGCCAUUGCCAGGAUCAGAUGGCUUAUUUCGCUACAAGCUUGCUGAAUGUGGUUACAGAGCUACUUGACAAUUCAAAGCAGGACACACCGACUAUUCUUGGAUGCCAAACAUUGACGAGGUUCAUUUACAGUCAGGUUGAUGGAACUUACACACACAGCAUUGAGAAAUUUGCACAUAAAGUUUGCUCAUUGGCUCGUGAAGAAGGUCAAGACCAUCAAAAGCGGUGUCUGAGAGCAUCUGGCCUGCAAUGCCUUUCAGCUAUGGUGUGGUUUAUGGGAGAGUUUUCGCACAUCUUUGCUUCUGUUGGUGAGAUCGUACAUGCCAUUCUUGAUAAUUACGAGGCAGACAUGAUCGUUCAGACCAAUGAAGACAGAGAAGAGCAAAACUGUAACUGGGUAAAUGAAGUGAUCAGAUGUGAAGGCCGAGGAACAGCAGUCAGCGGUUGUAACAGUCCUAGCUACAUGAUUGUCAGACCAAGAACAGCAAGAAAAGAUCCUACUCUAUUGACUAAAGAAGAGACUGAGAUGCCAAAAGUUUGGGCACAGAUUUGUCUCCAGAGGAUGGUUGAUCUGGCUAAAGAAAGCACAACUCUGCGGCAAAUCUUGGAUCCUAUGUUCAGCUAUUUUAACUCUAGACGCCAAUGGACUCCCCCAAACGGGCUAGCCAUGAUAGUUCUGUCUGAUGCAACAUACUUGAUGGAAACCUCUGGGAGUCAGCAGUUGGUGUUAUCAACUGUUGUACGCCAUCUUGACAAUAAGCAUGUUGCCAAUGACCCUGAGCUCAAGGCUUAUAUCGUACAAGUUGCUGGUUGUCUAGCGAAGCUGAUCAGGACCAACUCGUAUCUUAGAGACAUAAGUUUUGUUAACGACCUGUGUCGGCAUCUGAGGAAAAGCUUUCAGGCUACAGCUAGAUCAAUUGGAGAAGAUGAACUUAACUUAAACGUAAUGCUUCAAAACUCUAUCGAAGAUUGUCUGCGAGAGAUAGCCAAAGGAAUUGGAAAUACACAGCCAUUGUUCGAUAUGAUGGCUGUUUCAGUUGAAGGGCUUCCUUCUUCAGGAGUUGUUUCACGUGCAGCGGUUGGAUCACUGUUGAUACUCGCUCAUGCAAUGUCUUCAGUAUUAUCACCAUCUAUGCGUUCACAACAGGUUUUCCCGGACGCACUUCUUGAUGCGCUUCUUAAAGCAAUGCUGCAUCCAAAUGUGGAAACUCGUGUAGGAGCGCAUGAGAUAUUCUCUGUGAUUCUCUUGCCAAGUUCUGGUCAGUCUCAGGCUGGACUUGCAUCAGUGAGAGCUUCUGGUUAUCUCAGUGAAUCCAGGAACUGGAAGAGUGAUACAACCUCUGCGUUCACAUCUAUCGCCGCUCGAUUAGACAAGCUCAGAAAGGAGAAGGAUGGCGUCAAGGUUGAGAAGAACGGUUAUAACAAUACUCACGAGGAGCUUAAGAACUACAAAUCUUCCCCAAACUUUCACAAGUUGAAUUCCAUCAUUGAUAGGAAUGCUGGAUUUGUCAAUCUAGCUGAUAUGUUACCAUCAAUGAUGAAGUUCACCGAAGAUCAAAUUGGGCAACUGUUAUCUGCAUUUUGGACACAAUCGGCUCUUCCUGAUAUUUUACCUUCAAACAUUGAAGCUAUUGCUCAUUCUUUCAGUUUGGUGCUUCUUUCUUUGCGACUGAAGAAUCCUGAUGACGGGCUUGUUGUUCGAGCCUUCCAGCUUCUAUUCUCACUGAGGAAUCUUUCUUUGGACCUUAACAACGGCACAUUACCUACGGUUUGCAAGCGGUUGCUCCUUGCUUUUUCCACAAGUACGCUGAUGUUUGCUGCCAAGAUAUAUCAAAUCCCUCAUAUUUUCGAAAUGUUGAAGGCCCAACUUCCUGGCGAUGUAGAUCCUUAUCUGUUCAUUGGCGAUGACUUACAACUUCACGUAAGACCAGAAGCAAAUAUGAAAGACUUUGGGUCCUCAGGCGAUAGCCAGAUGGCUACUUUGAUGCUGUUUGAGAUCCGAAGCAAAGUAGAACUGUCCAACACUAUCAUUACCGAUAUUGUGGCCAAAAAUCUAUCUAAGAUUUCAAAGCUGGAGGAAGCUGAUGUACGGAUACAGUUAUCUGAACCAUUCACACCUGAUGAUGCUUUUAUGUUUGGAUCACGGCCAGUCGUUGAGCAUGAGCCAAACCAAAGUAUCUCUAAGGAAUCGCUGUCCUUCGAUGAGGACAUACCUGCAGGUUCGAUGGCUGAGGACGAGGUAACAAGCGAACUCUCUGUACGUUUUCACCCAAGAGGGUCUCCUUCACCAUCUGUUCCUCAAGUGAUCAGCAUUGGCCAGCUUAUGGAAUCUGCGCUUGAGGUGGCUGGUCAAGUGGUUGUGUCAUCUGUCUCUACUUCUCCUCUUCCUUACGACACAAUGACAAACCGCUGUGAAACCUUUGGGACUGGGACCAGACAGAAGCUCUCAAGGUGGUUGGCCACCGAGAACCGCCAAGUCAAUGGGCUCUACAGAGAUUCACUUGAGGAAUCAUCUGCACUUGAGAAGGUAGUAGAAGAUGGGAGAGAAUCUGGUGCGAUGCAGGAUUCGUGGUCCAUGAUGAGGCUACCUCCAGCUAGUCCCUUUGACAAUUUCCUCAAAGCAGCAGGAGCUGGAAGAUGA